UAAAAAAACUCUAUCCUCUCUGUAAUUAUACAAAAGUAAAGGGUUGUAAGCUGCACAAUUAUGGUCGCUCUUUGAUUACUUUAUCUCACGAACUCGUUGCUUAAUCACCUUGACGGACCGCGACCGGAGAUCGGGCAUAAAUCCGGUGAUCAAUCAAUCACGUGAUCUAUCUUUAUUCUUCCUUUCAAUAAUAUUAUAAAUUUUGUAAAGGUUUUAGAAAUUGAGUACCGGAGAAGAUGGAAUAUAGAAGGCAAGUAUUUUCUGUAGAUCUUCUAGAGAGAUAUGCAGCAAAAGGUCAUGGAGUUAUUACCUGUAUGGCAUCUGGAAACGAUGUCAUUGUUCUAGGAACUAGUACUGGAUGGCUAAUCAGGCAUGACUUUGGUGUUGGUGAUUCUUACGAUGUCGAUCUCUCUUCUGGUCGCGGAGACCAAUCCAUCCACAGCAUUUUUGUUGAUCCUGGUGGGAGUCAUUGUAUUGCCACCGUUGUCGGCAAUGGCGCUUCGGAUACUUAUUAUAUGCAUGCAAAAUGGUCAAAGCCCAGAGUGCUGUCCGCACUGAGAGGCCGUGUGGUCAAUACUGUUGCCUGGAAUAGACAACAGAUAACAGAAGCUUCUACACGAGAAGUUAUUCUUGGUACAGAAAAUGGCCAACUGUAUGAACUUUUUGUUGAUGAGAAAGAUAAGAGGGAGAAAUACGUAAAGUUUUUAUUUGAGCUAUCUGAAUUACCAGAAGCUUUCAAGGGGUUACAGAUGGAAACAGCUACCUUGAACAUUGGAACUAGAUACUACGUGAUGGCAGUAACUCCAACUAGGCUUUAUUCGUUUACUGGCAUUGGAUCUCUUGAGACUAUCUUUGCCAGUUAUGUAGAGCGUGCUGUGCAUUUUAUGGAGCUUCCUGGAGAAAUACCAAAUAGUGAGCUGCACUUCUUCAUUAAACAAAGAAGAGCAGUGCAUUUCGCUUGGCUUUCUGGAGCUGGUAUCUAUCACGGCGGCCUGAAUUUUGGUGCACAAAACAGGUCACCAAAUGGAGAUGAGAAUUUUGUGGAGAACAAGGCUCUUUUAGACUAUUCGAAGUUAAGUGAUGGUGGCGAAGUAGUUAAACCAAGUUCUAUUGCACUCUCAGAAUUUCACUUUUUGCUUCUAAUUGGGAACAGGGUGAAGGUUGUAAACAGAAUUAGUGAACAAAUUGUAGAAGAACUUCAGUUUGAUCAAACAUCAGAGUCGGCAUCAAAAGGAAUCAUUGGCCUAUCCAUUGAUGCAUCUGCUGGGCUGUUCUAUGCAUAUGAUGAAAACUCAAUCUUUCAGGUUUCUGUCACUGAUGAAGGCCGAGAUAUGUGGAAAGUGUACCUGGACCUAAAGGAAUACGCCGCUGCUUUGGUAAAUUGUUCUGAUUCAUUUCAGAGAGACCAAGUAUACUUAGAACAGGCUGAAGCUGCUUUUUCUGCUAGAGACUUCUUCAGAGCCGCAUCAUUUUUUGCUAAAAUCAAUUAUGCAUUGUCAUUUGAAGAGAUCACACUGAAGUUUAUAAGCAUAGGAGAACAGGAUGCCUUAAGGACGUUUUUGCUACGGAAGCUUGAUAAUCUCGUGAAAGAUGACAAGUGUCAAAUAAUGAUGAUAUCUACAUGGGCCACCGAAUUGUAUCUUGACAAGAUCAAUAGAUUACUGCUGGAGGAUGACUCACCAGAGAACCGUAAUUCAGAAUACCAGUCUAUCAUUAUGGAAUUUCGUGCUUUUCUUAGUGACAGUAAAGAUGUGCUGGAUGAGGCAACUACUAUGAAGCUACUUGAAAGCUAUGGUAGAGUUGAUGAAUUAGUAUAUUUUGCUAGUCUAAAGGAACAACACGAAAUUGUGGUCCAUCACUACAUUCAGCAAGGAGAAGCAAAGAGAGCCUUGAACGUACUUCAAAAGCCCAGUGUUUCUGUUGAUUUACAGUAUAAGUUUGCUCCAGAUCUCAUCAUGCUUGAUGCAUAUGAAACUGUCGAGUCAUGGAUGACCAGGAAAGAUUUGAAUCCAAGAAAGCUGAUUCCUGCAAUGAUGUCGUAUUCUAGUGAGCCCCAUGCAAAGAAUGAAACCCAUGAAGUGAUCAAGUAUUUAGAAUUUUGUGUUCAUCGGCUCCAGAAUGAAGAUCCAGGUGUUCAUAACCUCUUGCUCUCUCUGUAUGCAAAGAAGGAAGACGAUAGUGCCCUUUUGCGGUUUCUACAAUGCAAGUUCGGGAAAGGACGUUCUAGUGGCCCUGAUUUCUUUUAUGAUCCCAAGUACGCCUUGCGUCUUUGUCUCAAGGAAAAGCGCAUGCGUGCAUGUGUUCAUAUCUACAGCAUGAUGUUUAUGCAUGAAGAAGCUGUUGCACUUGCUCUUCAGGUUGAUCCUGAGCUUGCAAUGGCUGAAGCAGACAAAGUGGAGGAUGAUGAAGACUUGAGGAAGAAGCUAUGGCUUAUGGUCGCCAAACACGUUGUUGAGCAGGAAAAGGGUACGAAAAGAGAGAACAUUAGGAAGGCAAUUGCAUUUCUCAAGGAAACUGAUGGUCUGUUAAAGAUUGAAGAUAUCUUACCUUUCUUUCCAGACUUUGCACUAAUUGAUGACUUCAAGGAAGCAAUAUGUUCAUCUUUAGAGGAUUACAACCAGCAGAUUGAAAAAUUGAAAGAGGAGAUGAAUGAUGCAACACAUGGUGCUGAUAAUAUAAGAAAUGAUAUUAGCGCUCUUGCUCAGAGAUAUACAGUCGUUGAUCGUGAUGAGGAAUGCGGGGUUUGCAGGCGGGUAAUUUUGGCUGCUGGUGCAGAUUAUCAAAGGGCAAGGGGUUAUACAACAAUAGGGCCAAUGGCCCCUUUCUACGUGUUCCCAUGCGGGCAUGCGUUUCAUGCACAAUGUCUUGUUGCACAUGUUACUAAAUGCACUGACCAAAAUCAAGCGGAGUAUAUACUGGAUCUUCAGAAACAACUCACUUUAAUGAGUGUUGAACCAAAGGAGAGUGUAAAUGGUGGCGACGACUCAAUCGGAAGUGUGGCUCCAGUUGACAAGAUUCGGUCACAGUUAGAUGAUGCCAUAGCGAGUGAAUGUCCAUUUUGUGGGGAUCUGAUGAUAAGUGAGAUAUCAAGGCCAUUUGUUUUGCCCGAGGAAUCAUAUCUAGUAUCUUCAUGGGAGAUCAUGUCAAAGAAUGUUGGAAGUGAGAAAGGCAUUUCAUUUGUUGUCUAGGAGAAGGAUUGUUUCAACAAUUUGCAUAUAGUGAUUGAAAACAAAAGUGAGCUGGAUUCGAGUCUUUUUAUCAUUUGUCGAUAUGUAGCAUGCGGGUGUUGCCAAUGAGUACAUACUAGCAAAAGGCUUAGAUAGGCAGAGAAACCUUGACUUUGUGCUACGUCAGACCCAACCGACCUUCCCCAAGGACCAGCAUCGCCAUCGGACAAUGAAUACUUGUUGGGUACUAUCAUAUUGGAGUUUGGAAUGGAUUUGAACCUUUGACCUAUGUCUUAAGUCUUCCUUAGUGGCCCAACUAAACAUUCAGGAUGAGUUGUAGUAAAGUUGAAGACGAAAAUGUAUUGCUGCAUUGUUUUAUAGUUCAAAUAUAUUGGCUAAAUGCAAGUUUACAACUUAAAGCAACUUUUCUCACAGUGAACAAUAAAUUUAUCAAUUCUCAUGCA